AUGGGGAAACGUUUCCUCCACCAGCUACUCGCCGUCGUCCUUGCACUCUUCGUCUCGCCGGCGAGAUCGGGCGACUGGCUUCCGGCCACGGCCACGUUCUACGGCGGCGCUAAUGGCUCCGACACAAUGGGUGGCGCAUGCGGGUACAGCGAUCUGUACGAGCAGGGCUACGGCAUCAACAACGCGGCGCUGAACACGGCGCUCUUCAACGACGGCGCGUCGUGUGGACAGUGCUACGUCAUCAUCUGCGACAGCAGCAAGACCGGGUGGUGCAAGCCCGGCAACAACUGGAACAUCGGCAUCUAUAGCGCCGGCAUCAUCCCCGUCCUCUACCAGCGGGUCAAGUGCUGGAAGAGCGGCGGCGUGCGAUUCACCAUCGCCGGCUUCAACGGCUUCUACAUGGUGCUCAUCACCAACGUCGUCGGUAGCGGCUCCAUCCAGAGCAUGGCGAUGAAGGGCAGCAACACGGACUGGAUCCCCAUGUACAGGAACUGGGGCGCCAACUGGCACUGCCUCUCCGGCGGGCUCGUCGGCCAGGGCCUCAGCUUCGCGCUCGUCUCCAUCGGCGGCCAGAACCUCGUCUUCAAGGACGUCGUGCCGGAGUGGUGGCAGUUCGAACAAACCUUCACCACCUACCAGAAUUUCGACGACUAA